GUUGCGGCACAGACCGAGAAGGCUGCCUGUUCCUCGGCCUUUUUUCGUGCUGCAGCCUUCAGUCGCCUAUUCUUCGCCCAGGUGCCGGUCAGUGUCAAUUCCUCGGCCGACUUGCCGGAGCUCACAGCCUCGGCAGCUUCACCGGACAAAGUACGAGCGCAUGAAACUUGGCUGGGCAACUUCAUCUUCAUGCCCUACCUACGAGACUCCAGUGAUAGCAAAGUGCUUUUAAAACUACUGGAUGAAUCUUUCCAAAGUGCCGAAUACUCUUUGGUCCUCCUUACUUACUGCAUACUCUCCCUUCCACCUACUCUGAAUCGCGAUGAGCUCGUGAACCGUACUAAAGACCUCCUCGACCCCCUACUGACCAAAUACCUCACUAAGACGCCCAGUUCUCACGGCCUCUUUUUGCAUCCCGACUUUCCUGCGAUUUUGACUUCACAUGCAACCUUCGGUGCGCUCAUUCUCACCAAGGUCUAUCACAGUGUGCUUCAGAGGCUGGAGGUGACUCAAGUAAGCACUUUUUGCUUAUCGCCAUCCCGAAUUUUAUUCUUUCUAGCUCCUGGCAUGUGCAUUAGGCGGGAAAACUAA